AUGAUUGCACCGCGCCUCUUCUCCCUGCUCGGCCUCACGGCAUUGGCGGCGGCCACGCCGGUCGCGGAGGGCGUCAACGUCAGCCCCGAGAAGCCCUUCUUCUACAAAGGCCACGACCUCAGCUCCCUUAAGAUGCUGGAGGAGUCGAACAACAUCUUCAUCGACACGGCACGAGGAAACCAGACGCGCCCAGCCGACGACAUCCUGGCCGACGGCGGCAUGAACGGCGUGCGCUUGCGCCUCUGGGUCGACCCUCCCGAUGGAACGUACGGCCUGAACUACACCAUCGAGCUCGCCAAGCGCUUCCAGGACAAGGGUCAGCGGAUCUUCCUCGACUACCACUUCUCGGACUCGUGGGCGGACCCUCAGAAGCAGCCUUUGCCAGCGGCGUGGCCGACGGAGCUGGAGCCUCUCACUGGAAAACUUCGAGAGUACGUCCGCGAGACGCUCGUCGCCUUCCACGAGGCCGGUGUCAAGCUCGACCUCGUCUCCCUCGGCAACGAGCUCCGCCACGGGUUCCUCUGGCCCCUGGGCUACGUCGACGUGGACGUGCAGCCGUGGCCGGCGCUGGUGGAGAGCUUCGCCAACUUCUCGACGCUGUACAAGGCGGCGCGGGCCGGCGUCAAGGACGCGACGUGCGCAGGAGUCCCCAAGCCGGAGGUGAUGCUGCACAUCGACAACGGCUGGAACCUGACGCUGCAGGAGCGGUGGUACGGCGCGCUGGUGGAGAACGAUGUACCGCUGUCGGCGUGGGACUCGUUCGGCUUCAGCUUCUACCCGUUCUACGGCACCGCGGCCACGUUCGAGAACCUCGAGACGACGCUCCGCGUCAUGGGCGAGAAGUACGGCAAGCCGAUGCAGGUUGUGGAGACGGACUACCCGGCCAUUUGCGACGGCACGUGGAACCCGAUCCCGCCGUCUUCGGAGCCGAGUAUCCCUUACAAUGUCGAGGGGCAGGUGGAGUGGAUGCAUGAGGUGCUGAAGAUCGUGCGGGAGGUGCCGAACGGCCUUGGACAGGGUCUUUGGUACUGGGAACCUGCGUGGCUCAACAACACAUCUUUGGGAAGUGAUUGCAAUGAUGCCAUCCUGUUUGAGCCGGAUUAUAGCCAGUGGCCGACGACGUAUGGAUACUCGAGGGCAUCGGUCAACGUGUAUCUCUGA